UGGUGCUUGUUCUAGUCAUGCUGCCCUCUUUCUCUUUUUCCAUUAUAGCAUCUUGGCCUUUGCUUUCAGGGGCAACUUUGCUUUUCUUUAAUUACCAUGACAUCUAGUUUUAACUUUUUUUAAGGUUUUCCAAGGACUUCUAGUUAGAGACUCUCUUGUAAGUAUUUUAAGUAUAUGGGGAGAUUUUCUGAAGUUCUGGUUGUCUUGUAUUGGAUUUUUUGUGUUGGUUUUGUAAAUGGCAUUGGUGUUAAUUUGGGUACACAAGCAAGCCAUCCUUUAUCUCCUUCAAUAGUGGUUCAGAUGCUUAAAGAUAACGGAAUUGAAAAGCUGAAGCUAUUUGGAGCAGAGGAGGGAACUCUAAAUGCUCUAAAAAACACUGGGAUUCAGGUGAUGGUAGGCAUUCAAAAUGACAUGCUUCCAGGUCUGGCUGCCGACAUGAAUGCAGCAGAGAUAUGGGUUUCGAAGAAUGUUUCUUCUUAUGUUAAUGAUGGAGUUAAUAUAAGCUAUGUUGCAGUUGGGAAUGAACCAUUCCUCAAAACAUUAAAUGGAACUUACCUGCAAUCAACCUUCCCAGCCCUCCAAAACAUCCAAAGUGCACUUAUCAAAGCAGGCCUUGGAAAUCAAGUAAAGGCGACAAUCCCCCUCAAUGCUGAUGUCUACGAGUCAGUAACGGGCAAGCCUUCUGAUGGCGACUUUCGUGCUGACAUCAAAGACCUCAUGCUUUCCAUUGUCAAAUUUCUCAAUGACAACUCUUCCCCUUUUACAGUCAAUAUCUACCCUUUUAUUAGUCUUCUCAAUGACCCAAACUUCCCAGUAGACUAUGCCUUCUUUGAUGGUUCAUCAUCCCCCAUCAUCGACGGUUCGACGACAUACUCAAACACCUUGGAUGCUAACCAUGACACUCUUGUUUCGGCUCUGAAGAAGAAUGGAUUUAGCAACAUAUCAAUCAUAGUUGGUGAGAUUGGUUGGCCAACAGAUGGUAAUAUAAAUGCUAAUGUUCAGUAUGCUCAGAAGUUCAAUCAGGGCCUUAUGAAUCACAUUGGGCAGGGAACUCCAAUGAGGCCAGGAACAUUGGAUGUCUAUUUGUUCAGUUUGAUUGAUGAGGAUGAGAAGAGCAUUCAGCCAGGGAACUUUGAGAGGCAUUGGGGGAUUUUUACCUUUGAUGGGAGAACUAAAUACCAGCUGAAGAUUGGAAACACUGAGCUGGUUUCUGCUAAGGGAGUCAAGUAUCUGGAGAAGAGAUGGUGUGUACUGAAACCAUCAGCUAGCCUUAGUGAUCCAAAUGUGGCUUCAAGUGUGAGUUUUGCUUGUGGAAAUGCAGAUUGUACAAGUCUGGGUUAUAAGACCUCCUGUAGUGAUCUGGAUGCUCGUGGUAACAUCUCUUAUGCAUUUAAUAGCUAUUAUCAGAAGAAUGAUCAAGAUGAUAGAGCCUGUGGUUUUUCAAACUUGGGAACUAUUACAAAUCAAGAUCCGUCGACACAGACUUGCAAGUUUCCUAUCAUGAUUGAAGAAUCGCGAGGAGUUACAUGGAGGCCGGGGGGAGCUCAAGAGCAUGGUUAUGCAACAGUGCUGUCUGUAUUGAUUUCAUUAUUGUUGUUGAUAUUGGUUUGAGGUUUUUCUUGGAACUUACUGCUUCUGCCUGUGUUAUGAUUACAUGAAUUGUUUGUUUGUUCACUUUUUUUUUUUUUGGAUUAUAUGAUAAGUUGAUGUACAGAUUUCAC